AGUCCCUCCCACUGCUUCUCUGGUUUCUGUUGAGGGGGCAAGAGAAAUGAAAGUGAAACAGCUGCUUUCUGUUCAAUAACAGCGUAGCUGAGAGGUCUUAGCACAAUGGGUGAAACUCCUUAUGAGUGGCAGCUGUUGACAGGAAGUCAGUGGCUGAAAAUUGACAACGAUCAUGUGAUUGAGACUCACUACUGCCAUCCUGGAGCAAAGGGAAUCACCAUCAACACGAGCCUAGGGAAGGUUUUCAUAGACUUUGAUCAGCUGAAGACUGAUAACUCAGCGCUGAGGGUGCAGAGACUGAGCCUGGUCCCUCAGGGCCAGACAGAGAACAUCGGCUGGUACUUCAGAGACGAUAGCCUGUGGCGUGAAUAUGGAUCACAGAGCUCCAGCAUGUCGUCAUCGUCAAUCAGCAGCAAAGACAUCGAGACUCAUUUCACUCAGAACCCUCAGGGAGUCCUUCAAUUCAGCGUUGGCUCGACUCAAUACUCCCUGGACUUUUCCACCAUGACUCAAAGCAACCUCACCACAGGCUUGCGCAGGAAUGUUCGUAGGCGACCAAAAUUCCCUUUAAGCAACGUUGGCUUUACCUCCACUUCCACAUCCACGCCUCUGACUUCACCAACCACUUACAGCUUUAAGUGGGAAUUCAUGGGAGAUGAAGGGCAAUGGACAGAAUACCAAGCACAUAUAUGUUCACUCGACAGCACUGCCAUCGAGAAGCAAUACCAGCAGAACCCACAGGGCCAGGUCCAAUUCAGGAUCCGCAAUUUCUCAUACUCGCUGGAUUUUGCAAGCAUGUGUCAAGUUAAUAAAAAUAUUGGGACAAAAAGAAGCGUGAGAAGGAGUCCGGACUACGGGACUCAGACAAGCAGCAGUUUAGGCACCAAUGUCCGUUGGCAGUUCCAAGAUAUCGAUGGAGUAUGGAAAGAUUACUCCAAAGGUUCUGGUCAGUGCAGCGUUUCCAGUCCCGACAUUGAACUGCAGUACCAGCAGAACCCGUCAGCCACCAUUAGGUUUACGACCUCCAGGUUCAGCUAUGAGCUCAGCUUCUCAGCCAUGACUCAGAGGAACUUGUCCACAAACACCACCAGGUCGGUGAGACGACUGGGCCAGUGAUAAGGACGGCAUGUUGGGAGGACACUUCACAAGCGGCCAUGUUUGUUUUGAUUGUAGCGUUUACAGGACUUUUAUCAAAGAAACUGACAUGCCCAUUUUAGUGGCAACUUUACGGUUUACUUUCUGCCAAAAUACUGUAUAUAACUAAUGCAAAGUGACUUCAAAUUUCUUGUCUUUUGUUUUCUGUUUCUAUUUAUUUUAAUAAACACUACUUGAUAGCG